UUUGGAUCUAAUGCCCGUCCGUUAAAGUGCGUUGCGUCUGCCGUUGCGGAGCCAAAAUGGCGGAGUGUGCCGCUGCCGCUUUGGUGUAUGAUUCCAACUGACUUGAGAGCAAGAUGGCAGCUUCAGUGGAAGACGAGUUUGAAGAUGCGCCUGAUGUAGAGCCUUUAGAGCCGACAUUGAAGAAUAUUAUAGAGCAGAAAUCACUCAAAUGGAUCUUUGUCGGGGGUAAAGGUGGCGUGGGCAAGACAACAUGCAGCUGCAGUCUGGCGGUUCAGUUGGCGGCAGUGAGAGAGAGCGUCCUCAUCAUAUCCACAGAUCCAGCACACAACAUCUCAGAUGCCUUCGACCAGAAGUUCUCCAAGGUUCCCACCAAAGUCAAGGGCUACGACAACCUCUUUGCCAUGGAGAUCGACCCCAGUCUGGGUGUGGCAGAGCUGCCCGAUGAGUUCUUCGAGGAGGACAACAUGCUCAGUAUGGGGAAGAAGAUGAUGCAGGAAGCCAUGAGUGCUUUCCCCGGCAUCGACGAGGCCAUGAGCUACGCAGAGGUCAUGAGGUUAGUGAAAGGCAUGAAUUUCUCAGUGGUGGUGUUUGACACGGCCCCGACGGGACACACUCUGCGUCUGCUCAACUUCCCCACCAUUGUGGAGCGAGGACUGGGUCGCCUCAUGCAGAUCAAGAACCAGAUCAGCCCCUUCAUCUCACAGAUGUGUAACAUGUUGGGCCUGGGAGACAUGAAUGCAGAUCAGCUGGCGUCUAAACUGGAGGAGACGCUGCCCGUGAUCCGCUCAGUCAGCGAGCAGUUCAAGGACCCGGAGCAGACGACGUUUAUCUGCGUGUGUAUCGCCGAGUUCCUGUCUCUGUACGAGACGGAGCGUCUGAUCCAGGAGCUGGCCAAGUGUCGCAUCGACACGCACAACAUUAUCGUCAACCAGCUGGUGUUCCCCGACAGCGAGAGACCCUGCAAGAUGUGUGAAGCCCGACACAAGAUCCAGUCCAAGUAUCUGGACCAGAUGGAGGAUUUAUAUGAAGAUUUCCACAUAAUAAAGUUGCCUCUGCUGCCUCACGAGGUUCGGGGAGCGGACAAGGUCAACACUUUCUCCAAGCAGCUGCUGGAGCCCUACAGCCCCCCCAAGAAGUGACUUGAAUGAUUUCCACGGAUCAAACACACCCUCGUCCUCCGCUUGUCUCUAAUACACGUUCACAUCUUCACUCGCCCCCUCCGCUCUCUCUGGUUUUCUGACGGUGUGUUAGCCGAUCCCGCUGUGUUUCCUCACCGACGUCGGCCGAGAGUUCAGCAGCCAGCUUAGAAAACAGAAAACAACCUCGACGGUUUAUGUUGCUUUGUGAUGAUGGUGUUUGCAUUUAAGCAUAAGACAAACACUCAUUCCUGAUGUGUGUUGUUCAGAUUGAAGGGAUGUACCUCAGGACUCUGAUUCAGAGGUUGAACAGGAGUAGCAUCAGCACUAGUUCACAUCUGAUUUAGGGUCAGUGGAUGACAGUACACACCUUUGUUUGAGAUUCUGCUCAGUCUUAAUAGACUUUAUUUUGGUUCCUGAACUGGUUAGUAGUGGUGUUCAUUGAGAGGGUCCAACUUAAGGAGAUGAUACAUAUUUUAGUGAGGUUGUUAAAGGUUUAGCUCACCCAAAAAGGAGAAUUUUGUCAUUAUUUAAUCACAGGGAGAAAUUUUGAAGCAUUGUUUGAUUGUAUAUGGAAAUGAGACGCGUGAUUGUUCUACAGAUUUUUCUUUUGGUGUUGCAUGGACAAAAUGUGGGACCGCACACGAGGAUGUGUAAAUGAUAAUGACCAAGAUUUCAUUUCUGGAUGAACUGUCCCUUUAAACUUCUAUUGCAGUGAACCAAACUGUAAUUACCGUGUACAAACGUUUUUGAUCCGAUUCUAAUUUAAUUUUUGCCUUUCGUAAAAGUGAUGUAUUUAUAUAGACUUGUAAUGAUUACGGUAUUUUCUGUUCAGAUCUUCUAUAACAUUUAUUUAAGCGGCGUCUGGUUCAGAUUUUUGAAAGGUGGUCUCCGUACUCUUGUUCUCCUCCUCCUCCUCCUUUCCUUUGGCAGUAAAGUCAGCUUGCAUCGAAACAGGAACACACUCACACCCUACAAGGAGGUCAGAUGCUCGUUUAAUCCUGCUGCAAAAACACUGCAACCUGUCUGCCGAGACAACACAACAUCACAGUAUAUGACCACAUUAACAGUGUUUUCCUGCUCUUACCCUGUGAUUUCACAGCAUGUGGGCUCCUUGGUUCGUGAAAAGCGAGGGCAAGAACUCACAAACCUGAUGAGAUUGGGAUCUUUAUCAGUUUUCCAGAAAUGUCUCUUCAUUCUCUUAUGACUUGUUACUGCCUUUCCAAAGUUUGGCUUCUGACUUUUUGUAGAAGCACACCAAGUUUCAAAGCAAAUAAAACACUAUUCUCCAUCUACUGCA